ACGCGCGGGACCGCUACGCUUGCUGCCACUGCCACCCAACAAACUUAUAGCGCCACUUUCUAAAGUUAAAAAAAGAGAGGCAGGGGCAGAAGUAGAAGAAGAAUCUAAUCAUUUAUGAUAUAGUUUCACCGGAACCUUCGCGGCUGUGCUCCGCCGUCGCCUCCGCCUCCGAUAUAGUUUUUAUCUGAAUGACAGCGACUUCCUGAAUCGAAUUUGUUCGAUUUCCGUUUCUUUAGCUUCUUCGCGGUUCGCCGGAGAGUUAUAAAUUGGUCGACAAUUCGGAGUUGAAUUCUCUACUAUGGCCGUGUUUGGAACAUCGUACUGUUUAGAGUUCGGGAAUGAAGUGAUUUUGGGGAAGAUGUGGAGCCAGGAGGCGGUUUUUGGCUGCAGGAGCUUCAGGAGUUUGGUGAAGGAGGUCGCUUAUCCAGUUGCGGUUAGAAAGAGUAUUGGGAGAUGCAUCUCUCGGAAAAGGAAAGAUAAGUUUUCGGUGAUGAUGGAUUUUUCGCAGUCGCAUAUUGAUUCGGAAGCUCCUGCGGCUGCUGUAACUAUUCUGAAGGAAGGGGAUGACUCAAUUGGAGAUAAGGAUCUCAGAAUUUUAGAGAUAUCAAAAGUGGACAAUGAUAUCCAGGGAGAUGUAAUUGAUGGCAACGGUGGGAAUGGAACUUAUAAUCACGGUGGAGGAGGUGGUGGCGGGAGUGGCGGCGAUGACAACAGCGGAGACAAAGAAGACGAGGAGGAAUUUGGCCCAAUUAUGAAAUUUGAGGAGGUGAUGAAAGAGAUGGAAUCACGAGGGGUGACCCUUCCUUCAGAUAUGUUAGAGGCAGCAAAGAGCGUGGGAAUUCGCAAACUGCUUUUGCUUAGAUAUUUGGAGAUGCAGGGUUUAGGCUGGCCUCUUGGCUUUUUGAUGAAAUCCUGCUCUAUGAUUCGAAAUCGGGUGCUGGCGGAUCCAUCAUUUUUCUUCAAAGUUGGCGUGGAGUUAGUUAUUGAUUCUUGCUGUGCUACUUUUGCGGAAGUUCAAAAGAGAGGCAAAGAUUUCUGGACAGAAUUUGAGCUUUACCUUGCUGAUAUUUUGGUUGGCGUGGCAGUUAACUUUGCUUUGGUUGCCUUGUUGGCACCUUAUGCUCGUUUUGGGCAACCAUCUGUGUCAAAAGGUUUCCUUGGACGCAUUCAACAUGCUUGUGGAGCGUUACCAAGCAGUGUAUUUGAAGCUGAACGACCAGGAUGCAGAUUUUCUAUACAACAAAGAAUUGCCACAUUUUUCUAUAAGGGAUUUGUGUAUGGUGCAGUAGGAUUUGGAUGUGGAAUAAUCGGCCAAGGCAUUGCAAAUUUAAUAAUGACCGCAAAAAGGAGCAUAAAGAAAUCUGAAAACGAUGUACCAGUACCACCUCUCUUCAAGAGUGCAGCUCUUUGGGGUGUUUUCCUUGCAAUAUCUUCGAAUACGCGCUAUCAGAUCAUCAAUGGACUAGAGCGCGUAGUUGAAUCAUCACCAUUAGCAAAGCACAUUCCAGCAGUUGCUUUGGCUUUCACUGUUGGUAUACGGUUUGGCAAUAACGUGUAUGCUGGAAUGCAAUUUGUCGACUGGGCUAGAUGGAGUGGAGUGCAGUAAGACCAUCUUAAUUAUAAUGGCAUGUCCUUUGUAUCUCUGGGAACCCCUGGAGUUGGAAAAAUAAGAAAGAAAAGGUGCCACACUCUAAUAGCCUAAAAUCUCGAUUCACUAAAGCCAUCCUCUUGGAUCUCUUGGGGUAUGGAACAUGGUCCCCCCCCCCAACCACAGUGUAACUUAUAUUUCAAAAUUUACUGUAAUUGUCUCCUCAGAACUGCUGUAAAACCAAUAUCCUGUAGCAAUAAAAAGUUGACAAGGUUCGUGAAUAUUUAA